AUGAAAAUUUUCAUUCGAACUUUAUUUGCGACCAUUUUCCUUCUGAUUGAAGUUGAUGCAAAACGUAAAGUUUUCAUGACUAGAAACAUAACAGUUGAAGCAAAUCCAAGCUACAUCAACGAAUCAUAUGCGACAAGUCCAUGCGAAGUGAACACGAGGAAAAAUCCAUGUCCCAAUGUUCCUGCUAUUUAUUUGUAUGUCGUUAAACAGAUCCGCGAUCCAAUGCUAGAAAUUGAAACUCGCGAUAUUACGACAGAUUCUAUAAUAGUUCAACAGGUUUUGAAUGGAAUUUAUGCUUCAAGUUCCUUUCCAACAUCACCAACUUACGAUAUUUUAGUCAACUUCUUCACCAUCAAUCGACCUAUAACAGCAUUUAAAGAAUGUCAUAAUGAAAAUAAUCGCAUCACUUUGCAAAAUAGAAAAAAGAGCCUACAAGUCAAUCUCAGCCUAAAAGUUUCUGCUUUCAAUUGCAUAACAAAAAUUCUUAAACCUUCAAAUUUCAGACGAUUCGGCAAUCGUGAAAAUCUUGCGACUUCAUUUACGCCUCCAAGCAUCAAGCAAAUGAAAGAUGAGAUGAGAGCUAAGGCAUAUGGAAUAGGUCACGAUAUGCCAAUUCUUUCAAGAUUCAGGCAUGGAUUUUUAUUGGCUUUAAUUCUUGACCUCCUGCCAGCCCCGAAGCCAUACAUGAGAACAGAUUUCGAUCUUCUUCUUCUUCAUCAACAGCAGUAG